CUUCUUGGUGCUGGCAGUAUUUCUAGUCCUUGGCUCACAGAGGAAGAAAACAUUCAAGGGAAGAUGGAGCCACCCACCGUGCUUAUGUGCAGGAUCCUUGCUGUCCUCUCAGUGAUGAAGCUUGGCCUGAAGCCUGCUGCAGUUGUAGGACAAAAAAAGGUGGCUGGUGUUGUUGGACAGGAAGUGACCCUACCUUGUAGCUUCACUCAUAAAAUUCCUUCAGUGACUUGGAAAUACCAGAAAAGAUCAGAAAACACCGGACAACAAGAAUCACAAGAAGACACUGUGAUCAAAUAUUACAAAGAUGUCUUUAAAGGAAAGGCUCCGAUGGCCAAUCGAUCUGAAUUAAUUACAGAGAGCUUUUCCCUGAAAGUGAAGAAACUGACACCUUCUGAUGUUGGCGAGUAUACCUGUGAAUCUGGAAAAGACAGAAGGGACACAGUCCAGCUGGUGGUGUUUGACAUUACCUGGUUUUCAACAAAAUAUUUACCACACAAUGGAAAUUUAUUGCUGAGCUUGAAGCAAUACCCCUCUGCCCAGAAUAAAAUCACUGUCACCUGGUGGGACAACAAACACAUGGAAGUGACGAGCAAGCAGUCACAGACAGGUCAAUACAGUCUGCAGAAAAGUGGUCUUCGGAUUACAGAUAGUGGGACAUGGAAAUGCAAGAUCGAGUUACAAUUCUUACCCGGGAACCUGGAGAUCCCCUUUGAUGUGAAAGUGAUAGGUUUCGGUGAUUUGGAGAGUGAGAUCCAGUAUGCAGCUGUUAAUACAACAGCGUCCUUUUCAUACUCACUGAAUCUCCAGGAAGUCAGAUGGACGGGGAGCUUUAAAGGACGUUUGGAUUGGAAAGCAAAGACAAAUGACAAGUAUCAGGAGAUAAUGAAUUUCAACUUCACUAAUCAAAGAUUGACCUUGCCCAAGCAAAUUAAGCACUUUGGGUUCAAGGGAGAUGAGAAAUCCUUCAGCAAACUGGAUGUAGAGCUGUCUAAAGUUCUGUUUGAAGAUGCUGGAUGGUACCAGUGCAGAGUCACGUUUGACUUUGGACAUGUGGAGACUGCUAUCCACCUGGUAGUGAUGACAGUCUCUGCCACCCCCGCUGGGCCUCUCUCCAAAGGGGCUGAGGUGACGCUGCACUGUCAGCUCUCAGCUCUCCCCUCACAGAAAGGCCUACUGAUCUGGCACCGUGUGAAUGGGACAGAUGAGGAAUCUAAGCAGGUGAUGCACAGGGAGGUGGAAGUGAAGGCCAGGACUGCAGGGCUAUGGAGGUGUAGCUUCAUAUUGGAGACCAAAACAUUAAUCAGCGCUGACUACAUGCUGGAGGAAGCUGUUGAGUGGAAUAUCUAUGUACUGAUUGCGGCAAUAACCGGAGCGAGUGUGGCACUACUUCUCUUUGUCAGCCUGUGUACGUUUAUCUGUAUCGCAUGGCAGCGCAGGAAGCGGCGGGCAAAGAGGAUGGUGCGAGUCAGACGAGACCUGCUAGAGAACAGAAUGUGUCAGUGUCAACAUCGCCUAAGGAAUGACUACUUUGAGGCCUGAGGCAAAGGACUCCAUGCAGUUAUUGCCAUUAUCUACCAGCGCUGACUGCUUGCUUGGAUCCAGCUCCUCUUCCAUUCUGUGUAUUCAGUAUUUUGGUCUCUCAUCUUUCAUCCAGCAUCCUUACUAUGAAGGGAUCUUCUAUGGCUGGGAGCCAAUAAGCAGGAUAAGGCUCCUCCCAGGGUUAUGGCUCAGCCCCAAGCUUCAGGAGGAGACAUGCUGAGUGGAAAAGCACAUGUGUUUGUAUUUUGCUUUGACUGACCUUCUGGAACUUCUCAGAAGCUUCCUGUACCUGCUCCAAAUGCAAUAAAUCAUA